AUGCCGAAUGCCGUAUUGCCGCCAAGAAGUACUGGAACUUCAGUUGAAACCAAUAUUUUUACAACUUCGAGCAUAAGCGAUGCCUCAACUACGACUUUGUAUACCCCGGUUACGAAAUCAAGCGAUGAACAACCAUUUAUUCCAAGCUACCUUAAAGGUACAUUUAUAGAAAAACUUCAAAAUCCAAAUCAUCUAUUAUGUCUACCAACGUGCUUCAAAGAAUAUUCGUCAAA